AUGAUGCGGUUUGAUGCUCGAUUGCCACCCGUGCACCCCGAGACCCUUUGUGUUCCUGGUAGCGGAUCAAUUCUGCUUCCCAACUCUCAUCAGCCAAACCCACAUCUGGCCGUCCUCAGUCUGGAACCAGCUUCCUCGCCGUCUACUCUACCGGCUUCCCCCUAUGGAUUAUCCACGGGAAGCUGCCUAUCCACAAUGGCUCCAAGGUUUGCUCAAGCUACGACGAACAUGGUGGGGUCUGAUGGCUCAAGGAUUCCUGAAGAAAUGAUGGCUCGAAUGGAUCGCCUGGAUUUGAUUAGAGAGAGGUUGGGUGCCAAUAACAUUCCACCAGUUUUGCCAGUCUCCUCUGCUCCCGCAUUGGUUGCCGCCCUUCCACAGGUCAAUGUUACGGGUGCUUCAAUAGAGAAUUCUCCACCCACUUCAGCUGAUCCACGAGCAGUCAAAAAUCGUCCACAAACGUUUCAUUGCAAAGAAAGAAUCCACCUUCUCUACCAUCAUGUUUACUCGAUCGAGGCAUCAAGAUCGAGAAAAUCA